ACCAGAGUGGCAGGACACUUGAAGCAAUCCCGGGGUCUGUCCUAAGGGGGAGAAUGUGAAUAAUGGGGGCAGACUGGUCAAAAUCCUCAGCUACAGGGAACAUGAAGAGGAGCGGUCGCUGCGACCUUUCUGAGUCAUGGAAAACAUGAAGAGGAGCGGUCCAUUUGACCUUCCUCGACUAAGUGAAAUCUGAAGCGAAGAGAUCCUUGCGACCUUUCACAGCUACAGGGAACCUGAAGAAGAGCCGUCUCUGUGACCGGCCUCAGCUACAGAGAACAUGAAGAGGAGAAGUAUUCACUGCGACCCUUCUCAGGUGCAGGAAAAUCGAAAAGGAGCACUCCUUGAGACCUCCCUUGGCUAGAGGUACCAUGAUGCAGAGGGGUCCCUACAUCUUUCCUCAGGUAUAGGUAACAUGAAGAGGAGUGGUCCCUGAGACUUUCCUCUGGCACAGGCAAAUGUGAAGAGCAAUCCCACUUAAGAGUAGGAGUAACCUGGGUUAAUGUACUUUGGGGUGGCUCAAAAAAGGCUGCAGUGAAACUUUGGUGGACUGUUUUGCCGAGAGAACUGCCACUGCAGCAAAGAAAAUCCUGCUAGGUCCAGGUUGGCAGAUGAACUUAUUAUAUUUUAACAAACAAACAAAAGCCUGAAACAAAAAGAGCUGAUUUGGUUUAAAAGUUGUUUCCUUGAUAUUUUUUAUUUAUUUAUUUAUUUUGAGUCUAGACAAAGGUCUAUCUUUAUCAGCUGAAGACAACAAAAACUAUUUCGGAUGGCAAACGAGGCGCCUUACAGGUGCGUCCACGACAGCCUCAAAGUUGAGGGGGUCGGCUCCGGAGCCUGACCCCUCCCUGCAUUUGCGCGUCGAUGCCCCUUUAACAGGCUCACCAUGUUGUCAUCACAUGCUUGAGCAGAAAGUCGGAUGAGGAUGUGGAGCGCAUUGUCACUUCUUUUUUUUAAAGGGAGACUUUUAGCGAGGCUCUCUCCGCCGCGGGAGGGGGGCAGCAGCCCGGUCUGUCAGCGCUGACUCAGUCAGUCAUUUUGUGCUGUGAGGAGUUGUUGUUCGCUCGCUGGUGCGCAAACUGAAAGCUGCGCGCGCUGUUCACGCCAAGUGACGGAUAGAAGCGACGUGCGUGCGGGCUGGAGACCGACUCCUCCGCGGCCACAGUCGAGCCUCGCGUCGUCUGGAGAGUGGACGGGAUAGAAACGGGGGAGGAGGGGGGGAAGCCUGGAUCAAGCAGCCCGAGCGAGCUGGCUUAGGGAGGAAAACAGUCUCGCCUCUUCUCGGUCGAGUUGGGAGCCCAGGAAGAGGUUCCCUCGAGUGGAGCCAAACCUCGGAGACAAUCGGAGCUCAUUCCCUCGAACAGGCGGAUGAGGCGGACUUGUGUUUUCGGAAAAUAAGGUGUCCAGACUUCUGCCGGAGCCAGACGAGGCAGCGGCCGCCGCGCAGCCCGACGUUACGGCUUUGCGGACAAGAAUGUGAUGACUCAGGCAAAGCAGAAGGCUUCCCUCAGGCAGAGCCACGGCGGCGCCGAGUGGUGGGACGGCAGCCGUCUUUGGCCUCAUGGUACCACCAUGGAUGCGGCCCGAUCUGAGCGCACGCUGCGAUUCGGCAGGACGAAGCAAAUCGGCGGGAUCGUCAAAGGCGGGGAAAAGAACGUGAGCGCAAGAAAGCAUCUUAUGGAGAAGACGAGAGGAACAAAAGGUUCUCACGAGGAGGCGGGGGCGGAGCGGGGCCAGGACAAGAGGCGGGGACGGAAGUUGUACCCUCUACGCCGGAGGGGCGGGCGUUCGCACGAGGAAGGACGUGGCUGUCACGUUAUUCUAACCCGACUGGAAGAAAGCUCCAAACCCAAGGAAAGAAAAGACGGCAGCAGGUCCAAACACGGGAAACGAAGAGAGCAAAAGGUUUUACCAAAGAGCAACGCCAAGACGAGCUACGCCCAACAUGUCGGGUGGGGGGGCCUGCAACCGCGCAAACGUAGGCUGGCGUCUCUCAACGCGGAGGCUGUGAACAGCCUGCUGCUGGAAAGACCCAUCGAUGCUCAACCUGCAGCCAAACUGGCCAAGACACAGGAGGAUUCUGGGAGGGAUCCGGAUCCAGACGCAGCCAGAGCGCCGUGUUUACAGGGGAACAGAACCUCCACCUCUCACAAGCUCCACCCGCCCCAAAGCUCCAAGCGGCCCAAGAACGCCAAAGGGAACCGGAGCGACAGAAGCGUUUGGAUGUGCCCAGAGAAUCUGGACGCGCCGGCGCCGCGACGGUUGGCUGGACUCAACGCUGCAGCUCUCCUCAAGCUAACUAGUUCUUCUGCAACCAGCAGGCAGAGAGUAAAAGCCACGCCCACAGCGACGGUCGCGUCCGACGGCGCAGCUCCAGUUGGGGGCUCCGCCCCAAAGCAGCACCAAAGGGUCAAGCACAGCAGACACGCUCAGAAGGGGAAGAAAUGCCCCCCUGUGCCCAGCGUCUGCAAAACCUGCAAGAAAAUGACCGACUACGAGCCGGAGGUGGAGUGGGAGACCAGCGGCUGCAGCCACCAGGGGAGCAAACCCGGCUAUCAGUCUGGCAGCUUGCUGGCGUACCCGCUGAAGCAGGUGAAGGAGGAGCAGCUGGAGGCGGAGCUAAGCCCGUUCUACUGCUGUCCACCAGAGGGCUCUGUGGAGUACUGCCACCGCCUGGCCUUCUUUCUCAGCCAGCAGCCCUACCCGGACUCUGACGACAAGGCUCUGAGCGCCGCGUCCCCCCCCGUCAAGCGUGAGUGCUUGGUGGCCCCGCCCUCUCUCCCACAUUCCCACCCGCACCCUGCUCUCACGUUGAGCCACCACCCCUGCCUGUGCACCACCGACCCCUGCUUCUGCAGCUACUACGUCCACAUCGCUCAUCCAGCGCACACCGCGGCGCCCUCGGCGACGCUGGCCACGCCCCCCCUCGGCUUCAGCCCCUCAAGGUUGUGUCCCAAUCACCUGAACGACUCCAAGCUCCUGGGGGGUCAGGUUUCCCAUCCUCCGGGGUUGACCCACCCUUACUGCAACACAGUGACUUCCACGUGUUGCGGGAUCGGCGGCUACGCCUGCAACACAAUGCCUCCAGUCACCAGCAAGGGGUGCUCUUUCGGAGCGGGAUGCCCUGGCUGUGGGCGGAGCAUCAAGACAGAGAGUUACCCCCCCUCCGAGGACGGUCUCAGCCCCUCCCUUCUAAUUGCCCCCAACCUGCCCCUCUCCAGCUGCCCCUUAUCCAGCGGCCCCACUUCCACUCAGUCUGACGCCCACCUGCUAACCCCCCUGUCUGGACGACGCCGGCCCCCGCCCCGCUUAAGGCUGGCCAAAGCCUACCCCCAGAGCGACAAGGCCUCCAACGGCUCCCCGUCUGUGGGCCGCACUCGUGUGCCGCCGAAACAGACGGCGCCAAGCCUCAGCGGCGCCAGCAAGCAGAAGAAGGCCGGCCGCCGGCGCACCACGAAUGGGUGGAGGCCCGUUGGUGCCCCCACGGAGAAGGAGGUCUUUAUUGCGGGGGAGGACGAGACGUGCCUGCGGCGCUGCUACGAAGGGGUGGAGCGGGACGGGGAGGUCAUCCGAUUGCGAGACACGGUGCUGCUGCGAUCCGGCCCCAGGAAGAAGUCCCCCCCCUACGUCGCCAAGAUAUCUGCUCUGUGGGAGGACCCAAAGACAGGAGAGCUGAUGAUGAGCCUCUUCUGGUACUACAGACCCGAGCACACUCAGGGAGGCCGAGAUCCCCGCGCUCAUUGCGAGAACGAGAUCUUCGCCUCUCGCCAUCAAGACGAGAACAGCGUGGCCUGCAUAGAAGACCGAUGCUACGUUCUCCCCCUCGCCCAGUACUGUCGAUUUUGUGCCUUGGUGAAGCGGCGUGCUGAAGGCGGCCCUCCUGGCGGCGCCUGCCCGGUGCCGUCCCGUCCCGACUUUGCUCCGCCUUCCCACCGCUGCGUGCCCACAGACGUCGACCCGGAGCUGGUGUACCUCUGCCGGCACGUCUACGACUUCCGCUAUGGACGCAUCUUGAAGAACCUGCAGUAGCGGGUCAACGGCUGACUUUCAACCGUCUCCUGGAAAAAGAGGCCACGCCCCCUGAUGCUCUCUCUGAACAGCCAUGUUUUGGGUUUCCUCCUCGUCUCCCACAGCCCCAUCCUAGUUUCUCACCAAUCUUUCCCGUUGAUCCGAGCGGAUUGUCGGCGCUUCGGAUACCCGAGAAAACACGGAAUAUUUUUGUUCUUGGGCAACUUUUAGGUAAUCAAACGAAACGAGAAGCCUUAGAAGAACUUCUGUUCUGCACAAACGGAGAUGUCGUCCUGGAAAAGCAGCUUCUCCAGAUUCAGUUUAAAACAAACAUCUAAUGGCUAAAUUUACAUGAAUUUAAAAAGCCAUAUCUGAAACCGUCGUCCCUGAUACAGUCCUAGUUUUAAAGGCUUUGAAAGGAAGCCAUCAAUUGUUUUUAUGCAUCAAAGCUAAAAAAGGUAAAAAAUUUGAGGGACAAAAGUCUGAAUUUCUAGUUAAGAAUGAGAGAAAAGUUAGAAUGAAAUAAAGAUAAAAAAAUUCUAAAAUUUAAACUUAAAAUCAGAAUUUCUAAAAAAAAAAAU